CCUCUCUCAUCUACAACCACACACACAAACAUCUCAAAUUUAAUUUGAAUCCCCAUCUCGUCACAUUUUCAUCCUCGAUAUUCCUUUAAUAUUCCGAUGGCCGGAAGAGGAAAGUCACUGGCAGGAAGCGGCGGCGCAAAGAAAGCCUCCACCUCUCGCAGCAGCAAGGCCGGCCUUCAAUUCCCCGUCGGUCGUAUCGCUCGUUUCCUCAAGGCCGGCAAGUACGCCCAGCGUGUCGGCGCCGGUGCUCCUGUUUACCUCGCUGCCGUUCUUGAAUACCUCGCCGCUGAGGUUUUGGAAUUGGCUGGGAACGCGGCCAGAGACAACAAGAAGACGAGAGUGGUGCCGAGGCACAUUCAAUUGGCGGUGCGAAAUGAUGAGGAGUUGAGUAAGCUGUUGGGAGCGGUUACGAUUGCUAAUGGUGGAGUUAUGCCCAACAUUCAUGCUAAUUUGUUGCCCAGGAAGGCUUCUUCUGCUGCUUCCAAAGGCGGUGAUGAAGAUUAGAGUUCGCAACUUUGUGCUUUUAGGUCUUAUUACUCGUUAUGUAAGGAUAGGAUUAGGUCAUGUGUAGAUCGACGGUUCGUAGUUUGAUUGUUCAUUGUCUAUUAGUAAUUUUUACCAGGUUGUCGUUCUAGUUUCUUUAAAUCAAUCAAAUAUUGCUUCUAUUUUGA